GAGCUCCAAGCGGACGCGCCUGAAGUGAAUUCCCAGACUGGAAAACACCAACCGCUCAGAGCCUUCGCAUUGGGUACCGAUUUCAUACGAAGCACACCCGACCCAAGCCUUGCGCCCGAGCAAUUCAGGUUUCGCCUACAGAGAUCACCGACCGCUUCCUUUUCCCCCUCCCAGGCGAGCUCCGCCGCCCGCCGCCAAAAUGGUGCAGAUCAGCGAGGUCAAGGGUAACAACCGCGAGAACCGCACGGCGGCGCACACGCACAUCAAGGGCCUGGGCCUGAGAUCAGAUGGUACCGCCGAGAAGCAGGCGUCGGGCUUUGUGGGCCAGGCCACGGCGCGCGAGGCGUGCGGCGUCGUGGUCGACUUGAUCAAGUCGCACAGGAUGGCCGGCAGGGGGGUGCUUCUCGCGGGCGGCCCCGGCACGGGCAAGACGGCGCUCGCCCUGGCCGUCAGCCAGGAGCUGGGCACCAAGAUCCCCUUCUGCCCGCUCGUCGGCAGCGAGAUCUACUCGACCGAGGUCAAGAAGACCGAGGUGCUCAUGGAGAACUUCAGGCGGGCCAUCGGGCUCAAGGUGCGCGAGACCAAGGAGGUGUACGAGGGCGAGGUGACGGAGCUCACGCCCGAGGAGGCCGAGAACCCGCUCGGCGGCUACGGCAAGACCAUCAGCACCCUGCUCAUCGGCCUCAAGAGCGCAAAGGGCCAGAAGAAGCUGCGCCUGGACCCGAGCAUAUACGAGGCCAUCCAGAAGGAGCGUGUGACAGUCGGCGACGUCAUCUACAUCGAGGCCAACACGGGCGCCUGCAAGCGCGUCGGCCGCUCCGACGCCUACGCCACCGAGUUCGACCUCGAGGCCGAGGAGUACGUGCCCAUCCCCAAGGGUGAGGUGCACAAGAAGAAGGAGAUUGUGCAGGACGUCACGCUGCACGACCUGGAUGUUGCCAACGCCAGGCCCCAGGGCGGCCAGGACAUCAUGUCCAUGAUGGGCCAGCUGAUGAAGCCCAAGAUGACCGAGAUCACGGACAAGCUACGGGGCGAGAUCAACAAGGUCGUCAGCAAAUACAUUGACCAGGGUGUGGCCGAGCUGGUCCCGGGCGUGUUGUUUAUUGACGAGGCACACAUGCUCGAUCUCGAGUGCUUCACCUAUCUCAACCGGGCCCUCGAGUCGCCCAUUUCCCCCAUCGUGGUGCUGGCCUCGAACCGGGGCAUGACCAAGAUCCGCGGCACCGACGACCAGGUGGCGGCACACGGCGUGCCACCCGACUUCCUCGCGCGCCUGCUCAUAAUCCCGACGACCCCUUACGACGCCGAGGAGAUCAAGCGCAUCGUGCGCCUGCGCGCCAACACCGAGGGCGUGGCUCUCACUGACGCGGCCGCCGACAAGAUUGCCGAGCAUGGCGUGCGCAUCAGCCUCAGGUACUGCCUGCAGCUCCUGACCCCUUCAAGCAUUCUUGCCAAAAUCAACGGCCGCAAGGAGAUUGACGUCAAGGACAUUGCCGAGUGCGAGGACCUGUUCCUCGACGCGAGGCGGAGCGCAGCGCUUUUGACUAGCGGCGAGAACGCCAAUGGCUUCAUCUCAUGAGGCACGAAGGAAGGACGGCAUGAAUCGCAAUGAUGAUACCUUGUGUUUUUUUUUUUUUAAUUAUUAUUCUCUGCAUUUCGCCAAUUUUACCUAAUGUUUGGCAUCUCCGACCAGGGCGUCGUUCAGAAUAUUUGCUUGUUUCGGGAGUCGUUGGGGAGCAACCUGGGCCAAGAAAAAGGGUGGCAGGAGAAAAGGGAGUAACCGCGAACAGACGACCGGGGGAGGCUGAAAUCAAGCCUGGGCGCUGGCCUGUUAUCCCUGGGCUAGACUGAGGCCAUCUGAGAUGAAGACGGGACCGCCAACGGGACGGGUGGUGCAGAGGCAGGGAUACGCUGUGCGGCUCAGCGGCUUGUUGUUUGUUUGCUCGCCCCUUUCCGCUCACCGUGCGUUGCAUUGGGCUUUCCUUGACGACAGUGGGUGUUGGAGGAUCAGGGACUACCUAGCCUAUCUGUCUGUCGAGGCCUGCUCCCAAUGUGCCAGCCAGAAGCCAGAGGCCUCCGGAAAGAGAAAAUGGCAUUCUAGCCUGGGCAUGUAGGAUACAAAAGAGAGAGCCCGCUGCGAGCGACAGACGACUUUUUCGUGCCCCAUUGUCUUUUGUGCCAGAAUGGGAGGGAACGCAGAAGCGCCGCAACGGCAUUCCUGGCCAGAAAGGGCGGGCGGCCCGGUGGUUUCGCAUUCCAGUGGCCGAGCCGGAAAGGGAGGUAGGAGGCCCGUUAUUUUGCUGCCGAUGCCUGCGGCGGCCGCCUUGUGGUUCCUUUGGCAAAGAAAUACCAACUGCUAGAGGGGGUUUUUUUUUGUCGAAUAGGGGAUUAGAUUGCUAGAGACAAGGGAAUGCGACAAGAUCAAAAACGGGAGAUAAUGGCUGAAGAACAAGAGCCCCGGUGUUUCGUGACUCUCGGCACUGCAAGACAUCCCACUCGAUUCUU